AACAAAACCACAGCGACCGGCCGCCGCACGAAGUUUCAUUCUAGUGCGUUGAUAAUUUCGGAGUUUGCGCCAUACUGGUUCUGUUGGGCGUGUCGCUGUAUAAAACAAGAAUCUCAACAUGAGUGGACAACAGUACUACCCCUACAAGUGCACCCCUACCGUGUACCCCGCGGAGCCGUUCGAGCCUGCGGCAGAUGCGGAAACCCUCCGUAAGGCUAUGAAAGGAUUUGGCACUGAUGAGAAAGCCAUCAUUGAUGUCCUCUGUCGCCGUGGUAUCGUCCAGAGAUUGGAAAUUGCGGAAACUUUUAAGACGAGCUAUGGAAAGGAUCUGAUCAGCGAACUGAAGAGCGAGCUGGGCGGUAACUUGGAGAAUGUGAUCAUUGCGCUCAUGACUCCUCUACCGCACUUCUAUGCUAAGGAGUUGCAUGAUGCGGUCGCGGGGGUUGGAACCGAUGAGGAAGCUAUCAUCGAGAUCCUGUGCACACUGUCCAACUACGGCAUCAGAACUAUUUCGGCUUUCUAUGAACAAUUGUACAACAAGAGCCUAGAAUCUGAUCUGAAAGGCGACACCUCAGGACAUUUCAAGAGAUUAUGCGUAUCGCUGUGCAUGGCCAACCGUGAUGAGAACCAAGGUGUGGAUGAAGCGGCCGCAAAGUCGGAUGCGGAAGCAUUAGCGGCCGCUGGCGAAGGCCAAUGGGGCACCGAUGAGUCGGUCUUCAAUUCCAUUCUCAUUACACGGUCCUACCAACAAUUAAGACAGAUCUUCGCCGAGUUCGAAGCGCUCACUGGAACGGACAUCGAGGAAUCUAUUAAGAAAGAAUUCUCUGGAAGUGUCGAGAAAGGCAUGUUGGCUAUUGUCAAGUGUGUGAAAAGCAAAGUGGGCUUCUUUGCUGAGCGUCUUUACUACUCCAUGAAAGGUCUAGGAACAAACGACAAGACCCUCAUAAGAAUCAUCGUGAGCCGUUCUGAAAUCGACCUCGGUGACAUUAAACAGGCUUUCCUUGAUAAAUACGGCAAGCCCCUGGAGACCUGGAUUGCUGAUGACACGUCCGGAGAUUACAAGAAGGCUUUAUUGACCCUUGUCGAAUAAAUUAACGGGCUGGACUUGAUCAGGACCGCAUCGUUUGCCAUAACCACCUAUCUGAUUAUUUAAGUUCAUUAUCCGUCAAUUGUUAGGAUGUUAAGAGAUCUGCUAGGGCCGCACUGAAGACAAGCCAUUUUGAGUCUCAACAAAUCUGCUAUAUACAUAGUUUUGCCUUCAGUGCACCCUUACCGUAGGUUACCCAAUUAUAAGUUGUAAAUGUCUCAAUCGAUCUGUAUAUUUUGCUUUCUAAUCACGUUCAUGUAACUUUCGUUGCACAGUAGCUAACAUAUUUUCGUGCAUGAGGACAUGGUCGAGCUGCAUUCACUUGUUUUUGUUUUAGUUUUACAAGUAGUUGUUGCGAUUUUUCAGGAGGACAUAGGAGGUCCGAUCGGCCAACUACUCUCGACAAUGUGUUACUAAAUACCUACUACAUACAGAGUUAAAUAACACUCAGUAUUACGAGCGCCAUUUCGCUGUGCACCUUUCUAGUGUUUAAAGUAAUAUAUUUUUGUAAACGAGUAUAAUGUCACUUAAUAUUGCAUUUUCCAUUUAAAGACAUUUAUUUUUUUAUUCUAUCUACUUUUUAAGCUACUUAAAUAUAGUGUAUUGAUUAUAUUCUUAUCGAAUGCUUACCUCGAAUGCACGUGUGUGAGUCUUAAGUAAUAUAUGGGCCAGUUUCUUUUUACUUUUGUACGCUAACGUUUGUUCAGUAUUGGUUUUCAAUAUUGGUUACAGGAAGACCUAACUGGUGACUUCAGGAAUGUGUUAGUCACACUAUGUGCUUAAUCCUGCAAAAUAAACAUUUAUUAAGUAGUCGUUAGCUUUGCAUUUGCAUGAUAUAUUUAUAACUUAGAACCAUGUUGCGAAGUACAGUGUAAUAUUUUGCAGGAUGAUACAAAGGGGGACUACAAACGCGUGUUACUCACUAUCGUUUCGUAAGAAAUAGCAUAAUAAUACUAUAAAGAAUUUGUGAAUGUUCGCCUUGUUGUUAAAAGCACUAAGCACUCAGUUCCGACCGGAAACUGCCUUUAAAUUUUAUGAUUGUUGAGAUAUAGAAAUGAAGCUUGAUAUUUGUGAAAAUGAUAUAUUUAUUGGUGCUGUAGUUUUGUUUAUAUAAUAUACACAUUAACUACAAAUUAAACUAUGUACGAUUAAAUGUU